AUGGUGUGGCUUUAUGUACCUGUGUGCAUACGUCUUGUAUCUCAGCGCUCAGACGUGCCCUCACAGAGCUACUCGGGAAUCUACUUGGUCAAUAAGGACGGAACCUCUUUCAAAAGACACUUUUGCAUCCUGAUCUGCCAUACACCAGUGGAAGAGAUCGAUAAGUAUAAAAUGUACGUGUCGUGCAAGCCUCUUAUGAGAGAGAAUGGCGUGCAGUGGGUACAAGGGAUCAGAGGAACUACGGUACCUGUUUUGCUGGAGAAGAAUGAUGCCUUGAGAGAGUACCUUCAGUAUGCGCUAAAAAACGGGUUCAAUAUGAUCCCGCUUGAUACGUUCGUGGGAAAUUCUCUUCAGUCGAUGACAGUGAUGGUAGUGCAUUGUCGAGCUAUCCACACAGAAAUCGACUCGAAGCAUUUGCAGCCAUUUCACGUGGAGCAGGCUCAGGAAUUAACAAAAGUGACGAUAAGAUCGUUUCCAUUCAAUUUCACCAGUCCUGCGUUGUUUUCUGACUUUAUCUCUACGGGCCAUAUAAACGCUGUUAUUCGAGAUGGAGACCAGGUGGCCCGUGGUUUCCUCAGCGAUAUGAAAUACCUAGAGAAUAUGUGCGGGAGCGUUGUGAAUGGUGGCAGCGGCGGUUCUGUGGGGCUUUUGUUGGGCAACUUGAGAAAGCUUAAUGGCGAUGGCGAUCUUAUGGUGAUAGCACCGUGGGACCGUUUGUUUGAGAAGGUUAAAGUAGAGAACGAACUUCGUCGCUCCAACUUGGCGGCAUCUGCUUCUUCUCAGAGCCAACCAGUUCUCCCGCUCGUUAUUUCGCUGUUUGGACAUCCAUCCUCAUGGGGGUCCUGCGUCAAACUCAAAAAAGAUACCCUUGUCACGAACCACCAUGUGAUACGACCCUAUCUUCAACACGAUUCUGUGUGCUGCAGCAUAACUUUAGGAAAAGACCACUCAGUGAAUCUCACCGAAAAAGACAAGGUAAUUGUACCCUUUACAGACCUAGACUUGGCAUUUAUACAACUCUCAGAGGAGAAGCAGUUGGCGUUGGCCCAUGUUCAGUCAGCGCCAAUGGGAUUUGCGGGUGAGAUGAAUGUGACAGAUGAAGUUUCCACUGUAGGCCAUGGACUUUUGCUCAAUCAUGACUUCCUCGAUCCGAUCGUCUCCAAGGGUCACCUUUCCUCGGUCAUUCGUCAUAAUCCUUUCAGAACUGAGUAUCCUGAAAUUCCGUGCAUGCUUGUGGCUUCUUCACAAUGCUGGAAUGGGUCUUCUGGAGGUGGACUUUUUGAUCUGAGUGGGAAGCUAAUUGGGAUUGUCAGCAGCAAUGCUCAGGUUUUCAAACCUUCAGUUUCUGGCCUUCAAUACGAGGAGAUCAAGUCUGAGAAAGUGCCCCUGUUUUGCCUCUGUAUUCCUCUGGAAUUGGUGUUUGAAUGCUACAGGACGAGAGUUGACAAGGAUAAAAAAGACGACGAUAUUGUUUUGAAUGAUGACGUUGUGAAGACGUGGAAUUUACAGAGCUCUCAUGUCAAUGUGUUUGAGAGAGAGGCAAAAUUGUGA